GGGGAGAGAUAGAGAUAGGGAGUGAGUGAGGAGCCGAGGAGGGAGAGCAUGAGAGGAGCUGUCGUACCUGCUGCUCUCACUGCUCAAAUAUUAAACAAGGGAUUUCUGGGAACUGAUGCUGCUGCUCUGGGACAAGCCCAAACUGUGGAGGCAGCCCGUCUCAGUGGUGUGUGGACAGGCCGUCUGCUGCUGGAGGCUGCAUCUGAGAGUCUGAUGGAGGAGGAGGUCACUGAGCCCGAUCCCCAGACGCUGGAGCCCUCCGGUCCUCCGCCGGGGACGCACUCGGAGGUAAACGGAGACUUGCCAGGGAACCCGUGCCUGAGGGACGGGACGGAGGACGUGAUGGAGAGUCCGGUCAGGGAGCCUGUUGUGCUGCAGUAUCCUGCCGAGUACAAUCCCGGCAACCAGUGCGGGGAGAAGAUGCCGUUCCACCAUGUGACGGCCGGCCUGCUCUACAAGGGGAACUACCUGAGCCGCUCGCUGUCGGACAGCGACAGCGACGUGAUGGCCAGCAUCUCUGUGGAGGAGCUCGAUGAGAUCCGGGAGGCGUUUAAGGUGCUGGACCGUGACGGGAAUGGGUUCAUCUCCAAACAGGAGCUGGGCAUGGCCAUGCGCUCGCUGGGUUACAUGCCCAGUGAGGUGGAGCUGGCCAUCAUCAUGCAGAGACUAGACAUGGACGGUGACGGACAAGUCGACUUCAAUGAGUUCAUGACGAUCCUCGGACCCAAACUCCUGUCGUCUGAAACGAGAGAAGGUUUCCUGGGAAGCACAAUAGACACCAUCUUCUGGCAGUUCGACAUGCAGCAGAUCACCCUGGAGGAGCUGAAACACAUCCUGUUCUACGCCUUCCGCGACCACCUGACCAUGAAGGACAUUGAGAACAUCAUCAUUAAUGAGGAGGAGAGUCUGAAGGAAAACUCUGGGAACUGUCAGACAGAGUUUGAGGGAGUUCACCCCUCGAAGAAGAACCGCCAGACGUGUGUAAGGAAGAGCCUCAUCUGCGCCUUCGCCAUGGCGUUCAUCAUCAGCGUCAUGCUCAUCGCAGCCAAUCAGAUGCUGAGGAACGGCAUGGAGUAGCCGUGCCCACUGUGAGCGGGGGUGACGAGCCAGCCUGCAUGUGCAUGCCAGUGGGUGAGGUCAUAUCCCUGCAGACAGGAACAGAACCACAUGGAGUGACACUCGCAAAAGAACCUUCGACAAAAUCCAUUUUCAAAAUGUACUUGUUUUUUUUCCACGUCCAAUGAAACUGUGAAGCCAGCAUGAGGAGUCAUGCCGGACUCCUCCCACUUUACUCUGACAGGGACACUCAAGGGCUGACAUCACACAUAACGUCCUCUCUGUUUCCCCGAUGCAAUAAAAAAAUGUAUAAAAAGACAUCGAGUGCAGAAGUUCAGAGCUGCUUUUGUUCUCCAGCCAGAUGUGAUGUGUGCAGAUGUGUCACCCACCAGGAGUCUGAUGAGCGACCAGUGCUGAAAGCAGAGAGCGGGGGACGGAAGAGUUGCCCUCUCAUUACAGUUCCUGCAAAGAAGAUGGCGGAAGGAUGUGUACGCAUCAGGCCGCCGCUCCUGCUGCUCCUGCGGUGCUACGAUACUUCAGCGCUCCAACUUUCUAUUUUCAACUCCUGCAUCUGGGGGCUGGUAUGAGGUGCUGGCGUCAGUUCAUCCGCCCGACAAAACCAAAGCAGUCAAAGAGUGAAAUGUUAAAAAGGCAAAUCCCGGCUGGUGUUUUGGCCUCGUUGCGUCUGUGAAUGGAUGGAGCGGCUCUUCUCUCUCAUGGAAACUGUUAGGUUUGAAGACUUUGGGGUGUAAAGAAGAGAUGUCUGUCUUUAUUAUUAAAGGGAAAGAGAAUCCACCCUGUGAUGCUCUCACUGACCACGUUCACAUGGACACCAAUAUUCAGACUAUUGACUUUAUUCUGAAUUAAACAUUCGUUACGUCCACAGUUAAGUCAGAUUGUUGGAGUCCAUGGAAACGCAGUCACUGAUAUAAUCUGUCUGUGUUGCUCAGUACACACAAGAAUUUGAAUUCAACUUUUUCAGUCCACCCUCUUUCUCUCAGUCUGUGUCAUCUUCUUUUCCCUCACAUGGUGAUUUCCUGGAUUUCCCAAAAUGUCUCUGGACAACUUGCAGAGAUCAGCAAAAGAGCAAAGAGCUUUUCCAGUUGACAAAUUCAGCUCUGAGUUUUACCGUUUGUCCAUGAGAAAAGGAAAAAUGUUAUUUCGCCAUCAGCACCAGAGGAUUUUUUAACAGUGAAGAUGUUUCAGGGUGGAUUUUUUUUGUCUGCAUGAAUCAAAUUAAUGAAAUAUAUCUUAGUCUUGUGAUACAUUUUGAUCCCCUUCAGAUUCCUGCACUCAAAACUAGAGCUCAUACUUUGCCAAGGCCAAGGCCAUUCAAUCAAGCUGCAGCAUAUUUCAAACACUCACAGAUACCAGUCCUCCAAAUGCUUGAUUUCUUCUGGUGAAAGCACCAAGUUUAGUAGAUAUCUGUCGAGUUGUUUUUGUGUAAUCUUGCUAACAAACACACAAACUGACAGUGGGGUGCAACAUAAUCUCUUUGGUGGAGGUAAUAAGCUUAAUAUUUGAUUUCUGUGCAUCAUUUGUUUCCCUUUACUUUAGAUUUUUAUCAUUUUAAAAUCAUUGUGCAGAUUAAAGCCGCCUAAUCACACAAUCCCUUAUCGGCUUGUAUUGAUUAAUAAUCAAUUCAUCAGUUGUUUUUUCAACAAAUAUGUAUUUUCUUAUAAUUUUAGUCACUUUUUAAAGCAAAAAAAAAAGAUUUAUGAGAUUACAGAUCAAAUCUGCAGCCUGAAUAAGAUCAGAGCAACAUAGGAUAUAAAAUAUUGACCAGAUGUAACUUUAGCUCUCACUAUAUUUAUUUUAUCUGAAGUUUGGAAGCUUCCUCCCUGUUCUGUGAUACAAAUCACUGUGCACACCACAGAUAAAGAUGUAUCACAUAUUUGAAAUAGUUUUGCAGCAGAUUCUUGUUUUAGAGGUGAAACUUUCUCACAGCACUGAAUCAUUAGCAGAAACUGAUGUCUGCUCUGAACUCCUGCACUGACUCUCAUCUCAACAUGUCAACCCGGCCGGGGGGGAGGUCGCAGAACACCCAUAUUAUCGAGUGCAUGCAAACAAGUCGUUGUCUUCUGUAAAUACCGUAGCCCGUAGUCUGAAGUGUCUCACGUGUCUGUUGAAGGUGAUGUACGGUGUCUCUGUAUGUGCAUGACUGUUGGUGCUCUCUGCUCACUCGGGUUUAGAGGCGCAGGGAGGGAGGUCGGCGGACGAGGAGGGGGCCGCUCCAUCACGAAGGCCCCUUUCUGCUUCCUCUCAACCCUCUUGCCAAAGCCAUAGAACUCCACAGAGGUGAAACCAGACAAUACAACACGGACGCUUUUCCUUGGUCCCACACGGAAACACAAGAUCAAACGGGCAUUGUUUUUGGCAGAUUUCUCUGUCAUGUAGGAUUUGGUUUGUUCCUGUUGUUGUAUUUUUUUUUUUUUGCACUGUACCUGUCAUGCGUUCCCGUGACAUCACACAGUUGUAGGUCUGUGCAAGAGUGCCAUCUAGAGGUGAGAUGAGAUCACAUCGUUCAUGUUCCAUCACUGUGUAUGUGUGUCCACUCUCUAAGCACUAUGGGAAUGUGACAUCAGGCAGAACUCUCAGAUAUUAAAUGUUAAAACAUGAUGGUUUUUAUGUGUAAUGUAAAGCUGGACUCUGGUCUGCCAACACUGGGUAGAGCAGCACUUGAAUGUUAACACAUAAUUAAAUACACGUCUAUUUGUAGGAAUAGAUUUUCGUCCUCAGAUGAUUUAUUGAUAGUACAAUUUGAAAUCCUGUAGGUCACACUGGUGUUAUUCUUUUUUACCUGAAGUCACACUGAGUAUAAUUUGUUUUAAAGUGUUGGUGGAAAUUUCCACAUUCACACGUGCACUCGUAGCUGCUGUCGUGUUAAAACUGGAAAAGUGUUUCAUUUAUUUGUUCUCUGAGAAGAACUUUGUUUUUCCAUCUUUACUUUCAUUUCAGUGGCUGCACGUCUCCAUCGUUGAAGUAGACUUUUAAUUUGAAGGGGAAAUCGAGCCCCAUGUUAUUUUUUUGUCAUAUAACUUUGUACAAAGCUAAUAAUCUAUUAGACAAGCACAUACUACACAUACUUUGCAUGUGCAAUAUUUAAAAAAGUAGACUAGAGAGAGACUUUUAGUUGUACUAUUUAUUAGAGGCAUAAUAAUUAUGAACCUGUAAAUAUGAAACUCUGUACAAAACUCAAAGAAAUAAGC